AUGAGCACAGGACCGAGGACACAAGCUACCUUCAUCCAGGGAAACCAGAGCACAACAGAACACGAUCCCUCCCGCUCAGCACUCUUUUACCUUUGCCAAGAAGUUUCCAAGCUAGCCUCCCCCAUCCACAACAGUUUCCUGGACACAAAUACUCCCUCCCUGUGGCUAAACGACACUUCUCGGCAAGAUGCUUUCAUAGUUAAAAAAGAGGAAGGGGAUGCACAUUCAUUUCAAGUCUCUAGUAGUUCCUGCCAGCAGAGUUUGUCUCGCACGUUGCCUUAUAAUCAGGUGAAAACGCUGAAGGAGGACAGUCACAGCAGCAAGGGCACAACUUCGGUUGAGCCACAUUGUGAAAGCGCCAGCCCCUGGAAAGUGCUGAGUCUGAUCAACCUGCAGUGUGAGAGGCUCCUCCAUCACAGUGAUGUAGAGGAGCCAUUAUUAGGCCAUUCAGUGUACAAAGCACCGACGGAAAGAGCAGACAUAACGGACCAGGGUUUUGGAGGUGACUGCGUAAGUGUCGAAUGCACUCUGAGACCGUCUCUUCGUAUCUAUGAAAGACAGGGAAUCCCAAACUGUGUGAGUCCUGUGGUCGGUGUGAGAGACUGCAGUGGAGGAGCCUGUAGUUCUAAACGCUGUGUGAAAAACUCCAAAGUGGGCCGUUGUGUUCUGCCGCAGACAGCUGAAAAGACAGACGCUGUCAGAGCAGAGCUGGUGGAGGAACACACUACAGCACCUCCUCAACAUCACCACGCAGACAAAGGGGAGGACAAGUUCAGCGUUCACAGACAGCUUGAGUGGAACCAGGAGUGUAAGAAGGGUAUUUUAAAUGUGCCCCUCUCUGAAAACGCUUUGUCACGAACCCACAUCCCCGAUCCUUCCCUUAAUAAUGGGGUUGAUUCAGAUGACGAUGCAAAUCUGUCAAAGCCAGCGCUAACGCUAGAUCACAAUGGAAACCUGACAGAGUCCCCACGUGACACCCAGCUGCCCCACCCGAGCUCCGUCCGGCCUUCCUCACAGUCAGCAUCGCUCUUAUUUUGCGCUGCAGGGAGCUGUCACUCACUCUCAAAGCAAAAUCACAAAAUCACAGCGUCUGAACCAGAAUGUACGGAGGCUCCCAUCGAGGGGAAAUCGCCUCCCGCUGCGCGACUCAACUCCUCAGGCUGUAAUGGAGAAACCAACCCCUCACCUUCAGCAUUAUCACAACCAGAACUUAGGGCAGGGCUAAAGGAGGAAAUUCCUCCUCCAACUAGCCAGCAGUGGAGAACCAAGACUCCUAGAAAACAACCUCAUCCCAGCCGGAGCGUCGAUAUCCAAGACCCAGACUUCCAGGGAGUGACGUUCAGGAUGGACACGGAGCUGGACGACAGUAGGGAACAGUGUCGGCUCCUCAUAACUUCGAAGUACAGCAAGGAGCUCUGCAAGAGUGUAAGAAAACCGAGGCUGAGGAGUCGGACAUCCCAGAAAUCCCUUAAAGCUAGCAGCUCGGAUGAGGAGAGUGACCUGACGACCAAUGUUUCCAAGGGUAAAGUCUGUGCAUCAUGCUGCACCAGGAAGACCCCCAUGUGGAGGGAUGCAGAGGACGGGACCCCACUCUGUAAUGCUUGUGGAAUAAGGUAUAAGAAGUACAGAGUGCGCUGUGUCAACUGCUGGCAUAUCCCUAGGAAAGAGGGCAACUCCAACUCAUGCUGCCUCAAGUGUGGAAACUUUGUGAGGCUGACCUCAGCUCAGCGGAAACACACCACCUAGGCAACAUACACAAAGCAAAGGUUUUUAUGUCCACAUGAGGAGAAGCUCUUCACACACACACACUUGCUCUCAACAGUUCAAGAAUACACUCUCUGCUCCUGCAGGUCUUCUAUCUACAAUUCACAGCAGACGUGAAUGCAAACAUGGAGGAGCAGCACCAGCUUCUUACAUCUUACUUGACUCUGAGUAUUUAGAUUAGUGUCACUGCUACAAUGUUGUCCCUCAGGCAGCAGCACUAAUCCCCUCGAUCCUCUCCACACCAGGGAAAACCAAAAAAACCUAAGACGGUGAAAUCUUGGAAAACUCUUGGAGGACAAUGUCUGAAAACAAUCUGCACCUGCAACUGCACGGACUGUAUUUGUGCUACCUGCUAAACCUGGAUGUGGCAAAAGUGACAGAAGUUAUACAGUUGAUGGGUUUCUUUCUGGAUAUAUUGAUGAAGCACAGGCAGUUUGUAGCAGAGCUGAGAAUUGUAAAUCAAUUUCAUACUGAAGGGCUACUAUAAGAAAAUAGACACAUUCAGUGGAAAGUUAAGUCAUAAUUGUUGACAGUUUUCAUCUAAAUAGCUUUACUGUUGCUUGUGUAUAAUGGUCAGCAGUGCCAGAUGGCUGCAGUACAAAGUUAUUUCUGUACAGAACCAAAAACAGCAACCUGGGCUCAGUGCUGCGUUCACUGUUAUUAACUGCAAAAACAUUUCCUUCUCUUGACCUUGACAGCAAGACUGUCUGCCAAGAUCUGUAGAUACACAUUUUGUUAAAUUAAGUUAUUUAUUUAGUUGUCUUUGUCAACAUUUCUAAUUGUGGUUCCUCUGGGGUGUUGUUUUUUUUUUUCUCGUUGUUUAUUUGGGAUGUUGCCUGUUUGAUUGGUGGACUGAUUUGUUUAGUAUUGCUGUUUUCUUUCAGAAGAAAAAAAAUAGAUUUUUGUGUGUGCAUGCAUCAGGUUUUGGUCUGUAUUAAAUUCAGUGUGAAAUA